CUACUACAUACAUAACAAUUAUUUACUCUGAAUCCUACUGACGAGUGGAAGGUCGUGCAAUUUGUUGCUGAGGAGAGUUCUCAAAACAACGUGAGCUUGUGAAUAGUGAAAGUUUUAGAAUGGAAUCGAAUAAAGAAAGAGUCGCACUUAUGAAGGAGCAACUGAAGUUUGAAACGGAUAAGCGCAAAAAGUUGCAAAACUCUGAGUUGUUUGUUCUUGAUAAUUCACUUCGUGAAAGUACUGUUGGACAACUACGAGGUCACACUUUGGAAAAUAAAUGGAAAAUAUAUAAUGAGGUGAAGAAGGUCGGCUUCAAUAACAUGAUUGUUGCUGCUUUUUCACACAUGACUCGUGUGGGUGACGUAUUCAUUAAAGAACUUAAAGAAGCGGGAGAAGAUUUCGAUAAAUUUUACGCUUUUACUGAGUUGUUUGAAUCAAUCGACAAAAAUCGGAUUCCUGAUGUCGACACACUUCCGGUUGGUCUGAAAAAGAUGAAGGAACUUAGUCUCCGCCAUCCAAUCAUCGAAUUCGAUCUUGUUUACAAAGGAAUUGACUACACGAAAUUUAAGGUGCGAAAUAUUAUUCAACUGAUGAAGAAGAGAAUGGAAUGGUGCCGUUCAGAAGAAGGAUUACACAAAGAUUCCAGAGUGCUCUUUAACUUCAGAGAUUUUUCAGAUGCCAUGAGAUUUAAGCCUAAACGUGUGUUCAAAAUUGUUACUUUUUUGUCCUCUCUUCCUGAAGACGAACGUCCCUUUGCAAUACUGUUUGAAGAAACUGGUAAAAACCUUCCAGAAGAGCUUGGUGUUUGGACCGCUGCCGUUCGAAAGGAGAUGGAUGCCAAUGGUUGGACAGAAAAUGCUACAAAGAAAGGUCACUUGCUGGCGCACGUACACGAGCAAUGGGGCCUUGCCCACAUGACACAAAUGGAAUGUAUUAUCAACGGCGCUACAGGAGUCUGGGCUAGUCUUUGCGAGGAAGGAGCAGCUAUGGGUCACGCAAGUUCGUCAAUUCUUUUGAUGAAUAUGAUUCGAAUGGGAAACAAGAAAGUCCUUGCUCAGUACAAAGGUUGUGUGAAGCUACGAGAAGCAGCUCAGAAUGUUACUCUUAUCACUACUGGCUUACCACCACAUCCAAAGCAACCAGUUUAUGGAGAGCGAGCCCUGGACAUGGUAUUUGGUAUGCCCAACUUUGGCCAACCUGAAAAAAAUGAUUUUUCAAUGGCAGAAUUCUUUGGUGAAAAGCCAGUCAUGAGGAUAACUACGUUGGCCUCACCACAAAUGAUUGUCGAUCGACUGACAUAUCUUUUUGGUGAAUGUCCCCAAUUUACUUUGCAAAGGGCAAAAGCUAUGUUGGCAAAAAUGUUAGAGGAUCUUCGCAAUGAAAGGAAGGAAGAAUACAUGAGUAAAGUUGGCUUAGCUGUGUUGUUUGAUCGUUCUGGUGGUCAGCUUACUAAGGGAAUGGCAGACGCCAUUGCAGAAGACAAACCGAAAUCCAUGCGCACUAAGGAAUUGCUAGAUGAAAUACGUAAAAUGUGGGAUGAAUGGGAUCUUCGUGAUGUGGUACAAGGCGAUGACAAACUUGAAUUCGAUUCUUUCUACAAUGGCUUCAUGGCGCCAUAUUUUGGUUGUUACAGAUGUGACGAAACCAAACGUGCACUGAAAGCUAUCGACAUGGAUGAAGACGGCUCAGUUGACUGGAAUGAGUUUGCACUGUAUCUCAGAUGGGCUGCUCGACAAUACCCGGAUGUCAAAGAUGCUGAAGAGUUGCUGUCAAUUGCAUUUCGCAAAGGUCUCAUUCCCGCCAUGCAAGAUGUCAUCUUAAACGAAGAUAAAUAAACAUCGUUACAUUGCUCAUUAAGUUUUCGUAAAAUUUUUCACAUUAAACUUUCUUAAAAUUAGUUAUGGUCCAUUGAUUUGAAAAAUAAUCAAAUUUUAUUUUAUUUAGGAUUUACUUUUGUAUUUUAUCUUUUGUAUGAGACAAAUAGAAUAAAGGUCAGUUAAACACAUUA